AGUGGUUAAUUUUUAGACUUAUUUUAAUCCUCACUAAUUUAAACACUAAGCAUGGAAAUAAUGGAAGGCGAAAUGUUGCCCGACACGACGGGCUUUCAGGUUCUCGAGACAACCAUACACACGGAGCAAGGCGCCAUAUUGCUUUUGGACGAGCACUUGGAGCGCAUGCGUCGGUCCUCAGAGACCCUGUCCAAGAAGUACAACCAUCGGUGCUUUGCGCUGACUGCGUCCAAGGCCGAGAUCCAGCAGAAGGUGCAGAGCCUUGUCAAGGGCUCUCCAAGCACAACCCACCGAGUGCGCUUACUCCUCAGCAACACUGGUGGUCUUGAGAUCCAAGUCACACCCGAGCCCGCCCCAGCCACCACCGCUGCAGCCACCUUGCCACUACUUGUGCUUGACUCGCAGCCCACCGACACUGACUCUGUAUUUAUUGCUUGCAAAACCACGCACCGCGAUAUUUACAAUCAGGCGGUACGCAGAUUGGCGCCUGAAUUGCAGCAGCGCGGGGCUCAGGUGCUGCUGUACAACAAGAGCGGCGAAAUCACGGAAACAAAUAUUGCCAAUAUUGCUGUGUCUGUAAUGGUGGGUGGAGAGAUGGUGUUGGUGACUCCCCGGCUGUCUUCGGGCCUGCUUGCAGGAACCAUGCGUGCCAAGAUGCUGAAUGAGGGUCGUGUUAUCGAGGGCGUCGUUACUGUGGAACAGUUCCAUGAAGCUGCACAAAACGGAUGGCCGGUGCUGUGCAUGAACUCUGUGCGUGGGGAAUUCAGUGUUAAAGUUGCAGUUUGAAAAUGUGCAAUAUAUCCAUUUAUAUUGAAAAAA